GCUUUCUUCACGGUCUGACCUAAAAGUCCUAGCCUGAUUGGCUGCUGUUCCCCUAGCAAAACAUGCGCUGGUGUGUCGUUUUUUUUGCGCAUGGACCCUGCCUGCAGGCAUUGGUGGUCUGGUGUGAGAAUCUCCUGCCAAACCACGUGAGUGGACAAAAGCAAAGCUCCAUGGCCACGUCCAAUAAGGUGGAAUUGGCGGAAGCGCUGGCCCUGGGACCUGCCUGGCGGCAUUUUUCUUACGUGAUGCUGUAUGCUCCCACUCCACGGGCGCUCUUCGGUGGCCGCAUCCCACUACGCUACGCUGUGCUGAUGCACAUGCGCUUUGAUGGGCGACUGGGCUUCCCUGGUGGUUUUGUGAACGAUCAAUGCCCCAGCCUGGAGGACGGGCUGAACCAGGAACUCCUGAAUAAGUUGGGUGAGGGUGUGUCUACUUUCAGUGUGGUACACACCGACUACCGAAACUCCUUCACCGAUGCUAAAUCGAAAGUGGUGGUCCACUUCUACGUCAAGUGUCUGACACUGGAGCAGCUCCAGGCCGUGGAAGCCAGAGCACCACUAGCCAAGGACUACGGGCUGGAGGUAGGGCCAGCCUGGUACCUCUUACCCCUACCUUCUCGGGUCUUUGGCCUGGUGCGGGUGCCCCUGUAUACUUUGCAUGAUGGUGUAGGAGGCCUGCCUGCCUUCCUAGAGAAUUCCUUCAUUGGCACCACCAGGGAGCAGCUACUAGAUGCCCUCCAGGACUUGGAGAUUCUGGAUCCCCAAACUGUCUCAGUCCUCAAGAAACGAAUUGCUCAACAUAAGCAGCUCUUAGGGUUGAUUGGAACCUGAGAUGAGGGACCUUGGUAGUAGGAGCACUGGGGAGAAGGGGAAUGUUUUCUGGGCCUAAGAGACAACAGCCAUCACCGGAUUAAAAGGCAGAAGUGCAA